AUGAAGCCUUUGCGUCAGUUUUCAUAUAGGCUUAGGACGAGUCGCAAGAUUCACAUAACGAUACCGAUCCUGCUUCUGGUGGGCCUUUAUUUCACUUUUUUCCAUGGUAAUAGAUUUUCCUUGGACUUCAACAUCGUUAAUGGUAAAUGGGUCAAUGAAAAUGAGCAUACUGACUACUUACCGUUUACUUCAAAAUUCAAACUGCCAAGAUUUUCAUAUAAAAAUGAACACAACUGGAUGUUUGAUGAUCAUGUCGAUGAAAUUAUUCCUGAGGGACAUAUUGCCCAUUACGAUUUAAAUAAACUACAUUCUACCUCAGAUGCAGCUAUAAACAAGGAGAAGAUAUUGAUAUUAACUCCAAUACAGAAAUUCCAUCAAGAAUAUUGGGAAAACUUAUUACAGUUGACUUAUCCUCGUGAAUUGAUUGAAUUAGGGUUCAUUGCGCCUAGAACACCUACUGGAGACCAAGCAUUAGCAGCAUUAGAGGCAGCCGUUGAUAAAGUACAAUCAGAUAAGAAGAAUCAAAGAUUUUCCAAGGUUACCAUUCUAAGACAGGACUCUGUGGGAUUUAAUAAAUUAACGGAGAAAGAAAGACAUGCAUUAGAAGUUCAAAAAGAGAGACGUGCAUCUAUGGCACUUGCUAGGAAUGAACUGUUGUUUUCGACCAUUGGUCCACAUACUUCAUGGGUUCUUUGGUUGGAUGCUGAUAUUAUUGAAACUCCAGCUAGUUUAAUUCAAGAUAUGACUGCACAUGAUAGAGCUGUUUUAUCCGCUAAUGUCUUCCAAAGAUAUUACGAUGAAGAGAAAAAGCAAAAAGCAAUUAGACCUUAUGAUUUCAAUAAUUGGCAAGAGAGUGAUACAGGAUUAGAACUUGCUUCUAAGAUGAAAGAUGAUGAAAUUAUUGUGGAAGGAUAUGCAGAAAUUGCUACGUAUAGACCGUUAAUGGCAUAUUUCCACGAUCCUGAUAACUCUGUAGCAGAAGAGAUGAGGUUAGAUGGGGUCGGUGGCGGGUGUACCUUAGUGAAGGCUGAGGUUCACAGAGAUGGUGCCAUGUUCCCUAAUUUCCCAUUUUAUCAUCUUAUUGAAACAGAAGGUUUUGCAAAAAUGGCAAAGAGAUUAAAUUAUGAAGUAUUUGGAUUACCCAAUUAUUUAGUGUAUCAUAUCGAGGAAAAAAAUGUAUGA